AUGGCCGGAGGAAGGAGAGGACUUGUAGCCCCUCAAAACACUUUUUUAGAAAAUAUUGUCAGACGAUCUAACGGUAAGGAUCUUGCACACGUGAGAUGCGCUAUGCCUAUGAUAAUUCUCUUGAGGAUGGAGUAGCCAAAAAAAAAAAAAAACAUGUUAGGGUGUUAAAUCAUCGAUGAAUCUUACCCUCUUUGGCAUGUAAAAACGCAUAAGAAUGGCGAGGGUCGAGAAACUGCGAGAUCUUUCUCCGUUAACGUCGUCGUGACUUCAGAAUAAUCAUAAAACAAUUUCCAUCUCCUUCGAAUCAUUUGUGGUCAAUUUUCAAACGUAAAUGUUUAGUAAAAGUUUGUAUGGUAGUCUGAACUUAUUAAUGGAAUGAAAUGGAUAGGCUUCAACUAGGUUAUUUGUCUGGCACAUUUCUCUUGUUUACAGUCAGGCUUGGGCACAUCCUAUUCACAGAAAGUCGCAUCCUAUUUUAUCUCGUGCACAUGGUAUCAGCUGUGACACACAAUUUGGGAAAUUAUGCAGUUUAAAAAUAGCCAAGGCUGUUUCUCGCUAGUCGGCCUAUAAUGAAGUAAAGAGAAAAUAACUUGAAUACAUUUUAUUUCAUAUACUUCAUAAAAUUAGAAUUGCACUUUAAAGUUGUUUGGCCUGUCGGUUCAUUGUGAUUUAGCAAAGUUACAGAAAACUACUUUUAGUUCAAAAGCUCAAAGAACGUGUAUAACUCUGUCCUCGUGAAAUAGUAUCCAAAAAUCACUCAAAUAAAACAUAACAGUUUGCAUGAAAGAAGUUUGUCACUGUCACUUUAACCAUUUUUCUUUUUAACUUUUCAGUAUGGACAUUAUCACAUAGACAGACAGGUAUAAACCCAACCCAUGUAUUGGAGUGCUGCUCAUGUUUUUCCCCUAAUCUCAUGCUCUAUUAACUCUGUACUAUGUUUGUUGUUCUGUACCAAUUUAUGUUAAUUUACAAAGCAAAUUAAUUCAAGUCUAUGACAUAGGCUUAACAUCCUGGCCUGUUGGAUGGAUACCUAUACUUUCCCUCCCACCUGUUCUCUUUUUAUUUAACAUCAACUUCUAUUAAUUUGGGGUCACAAACACUACCCAGCUAAAGUUUCGAAAAACGUUCUGUGUUAGCUGGGUAGUAACUGUUUGUUACUGGUAAUUCAAUUCCUAGGACGCUUGUUCUUUGUUGGGGCAUAGAUAACUGAUGCUUAGCUACCCAUCAGUGAUGGCAUCCUACUGUUGUUUUAAAAGCCAUUGUAAAAUAACAAAUGUUGGCAUGGAACGUUCUACUUCAUAGUACUGUGGUUGUGUUUGUGUCAGUAAUGUUACUGUUUGUCUUCAUUUAGCUUGGUGAAGUUUGUAGUUUGGUAGGAUAGUGUGUGUAGUUUGUGUGUUUUUUAUUGUUGGGUAGCACAUGUAGUUUGUGUUUUGUUCCCAUUCCAUGUUGAUGAUGAGUGACAUUUUGACACCACAGAUGGAACAUACUUUAUUAUUUAGUAAGCUACUGCUGCUGUACCAAGCACGUCUUUCAUAAUGCCAGGUUGAUUUUAUGUACUGGCAGAUUCAAUCAUGCUUUUUUUCUAACAACAAUGUGAACAACAUAUUGUGUGUGCAAUAGUGGGAGGAACCAAUUUAUUUAAAAAACAAUCUAUAUUCUCUGUGUGAGAGAGAGACAGUCAGUCCCCUAAUCUCAUAGCCGACAGGCCAGAAGCCUCCAGAGAGUUAGAGACAAGGAGACAGAACUGAAGCAUGUAGCGUGUCUUUUAAAUCUUUUAUGGUAUGAAAUAUUUAUGGUAUGAAAUGUUUGUCAGUGUAGCUCUUGAGGCUCCACAUACACAGCUACAGUAUUCUUAUCCUAUUCCCACUUUCCCUGGAUUCUAAGGCAUUGUGUGUGUUUGUGUGUGAGAAAGAGAGAGAGAGAAUGUGUGUGUGUGUGUGUGUGUGAGAAAGAGCGAGAGAAUGUGUGUGCGUGUUCACGCGCCUGUGUGUGGUGUGUGUGUUGCUUCAGAGGAUUGGAGUGAAGCUAAGAGUUUCCCUUUGAACAUGCAGAAUAACAGAGAUCAUUGGCAGUGUAGUGAGGCGGCAGGUAGCCUAGCGGUUAAGAGCAUUGAGCCUGUAACUGAAAGGUCGCUGGUUCGAUACCCCGAGCCGACUAGGUGAAAAAUCUGUCUGUGCCCAUGAGCAAGGUACUUAACCCUAAUUGCUCCUGUAAGUCGCUUUGGAUAAGAGCAUCUGCUAAAUGACCUAAAAUGUAAAAUGCAGUGUAUUCAUAGUUAUUACGCCCAACUCAUAUAGAGACAGGGAUGGAACUACUGUGGUGUGAAUGUAUAGCUCCGACUUUGAUGUUUUUCUUUCUUUGUGUGCUGAAGUCAGCAAAAGGUUAAAUCAGGAUUUUGUCCCUAAGAUCUGGGAGUUUUCUAUAAUCCUUUGUCAUAAAUAUCCUUAGAAUUGCCACUGUAUCUUCUCUCCCAUAAACAAUUGGUGGAACACAGCAAUUAAACCACAUGUCUGUGGAGUGUAGCUAUUCCUGUGCAUUUAAGUUGACUCAUGAAUCUAUGGUUGAACCUUUAGGUGCAGUCUUUCCUCGCUCUGUAGCUGUCUGAGUAGCUUCUAUGUCAAUAAUUUGUGAACGGAUCAAAAGCCAAUUUGAUCCUCAUCACAUUGAGUCAUGUAUUGUUGUCUUUUUAGAGCUUGCUUUUUCUCCCUUCCCAUAAGCAAUAAUUCAUACAAAUGUGAUAUUAUACAUGUGCUAUGUAGCUGCAUUGAAACACUAUCGUCAGUAUAGCAGCGUACUGUAGUAAGCUUCAGUGAGUCUGUGGCUGGGACAGACCAAUGUUUCUAUGCCGUUCUGUAUAUGAACGAAUAGUUGUAGUCCUAUAUCUGAAGGGGUAUUACAUUACAUAAGAGAAAGAAACAACAAACUAUGAUAUUUUAUAAUCACCUGGUAGUAUUUGUUAACCUUUAAUGUCUAUCAUUUAGGUUCUCACAGAGGGUUAAUGUAAUGUUCUCUGUGAGAAAUCAUCAAUUGUACCAGGAACACGUGGAGUGAGAUUUUGACAGUGCUAAAAAUGGUAUCACUUUAAAUACGCAGCAUGAUAUUUCAAACCAAAUCUACACUGUUUGAUUUAAACCCUGCGUGGAUUAUCUCUACUUUCCCAUAGGUACAAUGAGUGGUUUUGAAAUAAAUGCUAUUGUCGCCGGUGUUGGGAGUGACAUCUCUUUUAACACAAGCUUCACAUUUUUGUGCUGUCAAAAUAAAGCCCUAGGUGUCAUGCAGUGCUUACGUAGGCAUUAUGUCAGGCUUACGUAGGCAUUAUGACAGUCUUAUGUAUACCCCUUCAAGCCUAACUGACACUAACCCUCCCCACAUGCAGUGCUUACUUACUCAGCAUUAAUGGUAAGGAUGGUCUGAGACUGAGUACAGUACCCGUAUGUGAAGGAUCAUUCUGCUACUCUGUUUUUACACUGUACUGUAGUGGCUUCCAUCAUGCGAUAUGACUGUACUGUCGCCUGUCGAUGUCGACCCUGGGUUGGUGUCAACACCAUUUCACUUCAGUUUUUUAUUAGUUAUUUAAUUCAUGUAUUUUGAUUUCUAUUUCCAAGUCUGAAUUGAAUUUCAAUUCAGUUCCUAAUCAUGACUGUACUGAAAUGCAAUUUAUCCCAAUCCUGCUCCUCUCUUCUCCCCAUCCUGCGUAAUGUGUUGUAGAUAACUGUGACUAAUCACCAACGGGUGAGCCUUACCUCCUUCUCUGUUCCCCCUCAUCUUUGACAGAUACUAAUUUUGUCCUUGGGAAUGCUCAGAUCGUGGACUGGCCCAUCGUCUACAGCAACGAUGGCUUCUGCAAGCUGUCGGGGUACCACAGGGCGGAAGUCAUGCAGAAGAGCAGCACAUGCAGGUACAGUACACUGCCUUUCAUCUGUUUUUGUAGAUAUCUAAUUUAUUGAACAGCAACAAUGAACACUGAGGUAUUGUGGUUCUUGUUCUUGGUCUUCUUCUUCAGCUCAUUUUACUCCCAUAGUUCCUAAUUUACAUAAUAUUUUCAGAUACUGUAGAUUCAAUCACCAGAUUCCUUUUUUUCAGCCCACCAGCAUUAUAAAAUGAUGCAAAGAUCCCUGGAAUAAAAAUUACAUUGAAAAGGAAAAUAGAGGAAAACAAGAGAAUCACCUUUCCCUGCCAAACCAAAGCCCAUACUUUACAGCUAAUUCCACUGUGUUUAUCCCAGCCAGCAAACGAGAAGAAAUAAACCCCUAUUAAGAAUAAAAUAGACUGAAAUCACUCUUCAGACUCUCCCAAAGUGACUUAGUUCCAUUUCAUCGAGCUCUGCGUGCUCCAAACAAAGCUGGAUUAGUUGUUGUUGUGUGAAAAAGCAUGGGUGUUUUAAAGCUCUUUUUACACAUUUGAUCAUCGCUGGGAGGUAGCUAUUGUUUUCCUUUCCACAUUUAAGGUACCAUGCUCCCUUCUUUAAGUUCAAACUAAAGUUCUGAGAACAUUAAGCACAUCUUGCAUACAAAAACAACUUGCCACCAAUACCCUUUUCACACUACUGAGCCAAGCCGAACCAAACCAAGGUGUACUGGGCUGGCCUGGUUAUGCAUCCACCAUAGUUGCUGGAACUGUGUUGGAAAGGACAACGUGAAAAGAAAUCAUCUGAGUCAGCACAGUGUGGUUUGAGGUCGGCCCUAUAGUGUGAAUCAGACACAACAAUUCCGGAACCUUAAGGUAACCACUUUUUGUUUGAAGCCAACAGUCUUAGGGAGAUUUUUAUUUAUUUUUAUUUAACCAGGUAAGCCAGUUGAGAACAAGUUCUCAUUUACAACUGCGACCUGGCCAAGAUAAAGCAAUGCAGUGCGGAAAAAAACAACAACAACACAGAGUUACAUAUGGAAUAAACAAAACGUAUAGUCAAUAACACAAUAGAAAAUCUAUAUACAGUGUGUGCAAAUGUAGUAAGUUAUGGAGGUAAGGCAAUAAAUAGGCCAUAGUGCAAAAUAAUUACAAUUAUAAUUUAGUAUUAACACUGGAGUGAUAGAUGUGCAGAAGAUUAUGUGCAAAUAGAGAUACUGGGGUGCAAAUUAGCAAAAUAAAUAACAAUGUAAAUAACAAUAUGGGGAUGAGGUAGUUGGGUGGGCUAAUUACAGAUGGGCUGUGUACAGGUGCAGUGAUCGGUAAGCUGCUCUGACAACUGAUGCUUAAAGAUAGUGAGGGAGAUAAGUGUCUCCAGCUUCAGAGAUUUUUGCAGUUCGUUCCAGUCAUUUGCGACCAAAGGAGGUGUUGGCUUUGGGGAUGACCAGUGAGAUAUACCUGCUGGAACGCAUACUACGGGUGGGUGUUGCUAUGGUGACCAAUGAGCUAAGAUAAGGCGGGGAUUUGCCUAGAAGGGAUUUAUAGAUGACCUGGAGCCAGUGGGUUUGGCGACGAAUAUGUAGUGAGGGCCAGCCAAUGAGAGCGUACAGGACACAAUGGUGGGUAGUAUAUGGGGCUUUGGUGACAAAACGGAUGGCACUGUGAUAGACUACAUCCAAUUUGUGUUGGAAGCUAUUUUGUAAAUGACAUCGCCGAAGUCAAGGAUCGGUAGGAUAGUCAGUUUUACGAGGGCAUGUUUAGCAGCAUGAGUGAAGGAGGCUUUGUUGCGAAAUAGGAAGCCGAUUCUAGAUUUAACUUUGGAUUGGAGAUGCUUAAUGUGAGUCUGGAAGGAGAGUUUACAGUCUAACCAGACACCUAGGUAGUUGUCCACAUAUUCUAAGUCAGAGCCGCAGAGAGUAGUGAUUCUAGUCGGGCAGGCGGGUGCAAGCAGUGUUCGAUUGAAGAGCAUGCAUUUAGUUUUACUAGCGUUUAAGAGCAGUUGGAGGCCACGGAAGGAGUGUUGUAUGGCAUUGAAGCUCGUUUGGAGGUUUGUUAACACAGUGUCCAAUGAAUGGCCAGAUGUAUACAAAAUGGUGUCGUCUGCAUAGAGGUGAUUCUGAGAGUCACCAGCAGCAAGAGCGACAUCAUUGAUAUGCACAGAGAAUAGAGUUGGCCCGAGAAUUGAACCCUGUGGCACCCCCAUAGAGACUGCCAGAGGUCCAGACAACAGGCCCUCCGAUUUGACACAUUGAACUCUAUCUGAGAAGUAGUUGGUGAACCAGGCGAGGCAGUCAUUUGAGAAACCAAGGCUAUUUAGUCUGCCAAUAAGAAUGCGGUGAUUGACAGAGAAAUUGACAAAAGCCUUGGCCAGGUCAAUGAAGAUGGCUGCACAGUACUGUCUUUUAUCGAUCGCGGUUAUUAUAUCGUUUAGGACCUUGAGCGUGGCUGAGGUACACCCAUGACCAGCUCGGAAACCAGAUUGCAUAGCAGAGAAGGUACGGUGGGAUUCUAAAUGGUCGGUGAUCUGUUUGUUAACUUGGCUUUCAAAUACUUUCGAAAGGCAGGGCAGGAUGGAUAUAGGUCUGUAACAGUUUGGAUCUAGAGUGUCACCCCCUUUGAAGAGGGGGAUGACCGUGGCAGCUUUCCAAUCUCUGGGGAUCUCAGACGAUACGAAAGAGAGGUUGAACAGGCUGGUGAUAGGGGUUGCGACAAUUUUGGCGGCUAAUUUUAGAAAGAAAGGGUCCAGAUUGUCUAGCCCAGCUGAUUUGUAGGGGUCCAGAUUUUGCAGCUCUUUCAGAACAUCAGCUAUCUGAAUUUGGGUGAAGGAGAAGCGGGGGGGGGGGGGGGGGGGGGGCCAGGGUAGGGGUAGCCAGGUGGAAAGCAUGGCCAGCCGUAGCAAAAUGCUUGUUGAAAUUUUUGAUUAUCGUAGAUUUAUCUGUAGUGACAGUGUUUCCUAGCCUCAGUGCAGUGGGCAGCUGGGAGGAGGUGCUCUUAUUCUCCAUGGACUUCACAGUGUCCCAAAACUUUUUGGAGUUAGUGCUACAGGAUGCAAAUUUCUGUUUGAAAAAGCUAGCCUUUGCUUUCCUAACUGAUUGUGUAUAUUGGUUCCUGACUUCCCUGAAAAGUUGCAUAUCGCGGGGGCUGUUCGAUGCUAAUGCCGUACGCCACAGGAUGUUUUUGUGCUGGUCAAGGGCAGUCAAGUCUGGGGUGAACCAGGGGCUAGUUCUGAAUUUUUUCAAUGGGUCAUGCUUAUUUAAGAUGGAGAGGAAAGCACUUUUAAAGAACAACCAGGCAUCCUCUACUGACGGAAUGAGGUCAAUAUCCAUCCAGGAUACCCGGGCCAGGUCAAUUAGAAAGGCCUGCUCGCUGAAAUGCUUUAGGGAGUGUUUGACAUUGAUGAGGGGUGGUCGUUUGACCGUGGUCCCAUUACGGACGCAGGCAAUGAGGCAGUGAUUGUUGAGAUCCUGGUUGAAGACAGCGGGGGUGUAUUUAGAGGGUAAAUUAGUCAGGAUGAUAUCUGAGGGUGCCCAUGUUAACAGAUUUAGGGUUGUACUUGGUAGGUUCCUUGAUAAUUUGUGUGAGAUUGAGGGCAUCUAGUUUAGAUUGUAAGACGGCCGGGGUGUUAAGCAUAUCCCAGUUUAGGUCACCAAGCAAUACGAACUCUGAGGAUAGAUGGGGGGCAAUCAAUUCACAUAUGGUGUUCAGGGCACAGCUGGGGGCUGAGGGGGGUCUGUAACAAGCAGCAACAGUGAGAGACUUAUUUCUGGAAAGGUGGAUUUUUAGAAGUAGAAGCUCAAACUGUUUGGGCACAGACCUGGAUAGUAUGAUAGAGCUCUGCAGGCUAUCUCUACAGUAGAUUGCAACUCUCCCCCCCUUUGGCAGUUCUAUCUAGACGGAAAAUGUUGUAGUUGGGAAUGGACCUUUCUGAAUCUUUGGUGGCCUUCCUAAGCCAGGAUUCAGACACUGCUAGAACAUCAGGGUUGGCUGAGUGUGCUAACGCAGUGAAUAACUCAAAUUUAGGGAGGAGGCUUCUGAUGUUAACAUGCAAGAAACCAAGGCUUUUGCGAUUACAGAAGUCAACAAAUGAUAGCGCCUGGGGAGCAGGAGUGAUAGUGGGGGCUACAGUGCCUGGGUUAACCUCUACAUCACCAGAGGAACAGAGGAGGAGUAGAAUAAGGAUACGGCUAAAGGCUUUAAGAACUGGUCUUCUAGUGUGUUGGGUACAGAGAAAAAAAGGGGCCGAUUUCCAGGCGUUGUAGAAUAGAUUCAGGGCAUUAUGUACAGACAAGGAUAUGGAAGGAUAUGACUACAGUGGAGGUAAACCUAAGCGUUAGGUAAAGAUGAAAGAGAGAGCAUCACUGGAGGCACCGAUUGAGCCGGUCUCCGCGUUUGUGGGGGGUGGGACAAAGGAUCUAUCUGAGACAGGUUGAGCAGGACUGGGGGCUCUACAUUGAAAAUGUACAGUUAGAACUAACUGAAACAGCAAUAGACAAGGCAUAUUGACAUGGGAGAUAGGCAUAAAGCAGUCACAGGUGUUAUUCGAGAGAGCUAAGACAACAGCUGAUAAUGGCAACGAAAGUUUGAGCUGAGGCUAAACAGAUCAACAGGAUGGGGUACCGUAUAAAGGAACAGUCCAGCAGGCAUCAGCUGUGUAGCUGAGUGAUCAUAAGGUCCAGUGAACAGCAAUAAGUAAGUCCGGGAGCAGUUCAGUGGCUGCUACGUUACAAGCGAGCUGGAGGCACGGCUGUUGAUUGCGUGUGCUAGCGGGCCGGGGCUAGCAGAUGGAUCUUCGUGGUCGUCGCAACGGGAAGCCUGUUGAAACCACAUCAGACAAUUACGUCGGCAGACCAGUCGUGAUGGAUCGGCGGGGCUCCGUGUCAACACUAGGAGGUCCCGUCCGGUUGACAGAGAGGUAGAUAGCCGGGAGACGGGCCUGGCUCGAGGCUAGCUCAAGGCUAACUGGGGUUAGCUUCUGGACAGUGGUGAUUAGUGGUGAUUAGCCAACAACGACAAUAGCCAUUCGGUUGCAGCUAGCUAGUUGCGAUGAUCCGGUGUUAAGGUCCAGUGAUUCAGUGAUUCCGGCAGACAAUCCGAUAUGCUCUGGCUCGAUAGCCCGAUGUGCAGACUGUGCAGACUGGCCGAUAAUUGUUCAGGCUAGAGCUGGCUGGUAGGUAGUGCAGGCCACGGCCACGGACAAUGGUGAAGACCACUAACGGUGGCUAAUAGCAAGUAGCUAGUUAGCUGGCUAGUUUCAGCCUGAGGUUCUGGAUAAAAAUGUAUGAAGAAAUAAUAGAAUCCUUUCCACAUUGGUUGAGAUGUCGCAUCCUUGCAGCUAUUGUCCAAUAAGAAAUGCUUUUGUUCAUUCUCUUUUGAAAAAUGUUUUGCUACAGUGUGCGCUAAUGAAGACAACCCAGUCUAUAAGGCGCAUGGUGUGUCGACAUGUUCAUGUCAGGAGUGAUGUCAGAUGAAGCCAACAGUCUUUGGGAGCCGUCGCGCCUUGAUCCUUGCGAGCAGCCCCCAAAAUACAGUCUCAUUAGAAUUACCCUGUUGUUCAAAGCUAACACAAUUUUUUAGAUGCACUGGAACAGACUGUACCUCAGGAUGGCUGCAAUCAGUGGUGUGAGACCAGAGUGUGUUAAACCAGAGAGUGUGUGCGUGCUGGUGCAUGUUAACUGUACCUUGAAGAUGGAUAUUUUGAGUAUCAGAUAAUUAAAAUGGAUCGGUGUGCCAACAAAGGCCCUUAGAUCAUUGUUUCUCAACCUGGACCACUGGCCAUUAAACAUGAUCAAUCCAACCAAUUAACUAAUCAUCAAGCCCUUAACUGCAUCUCAGUGCUAGAGGCGUCACUACAGACCCUGGUUCGAUUCCAGGCUGUAUCACAAUCCGGCCGUGAUUGGGAGUCCCAGAGGGCGGCGCACAAUUAGCCCAGCGUCGGCCGGGUUUGGCUGGGGUAGGCCGUCAUUGUAAAUCAGAAUUUGUUCUUUUACAUUUACAUUUAAGUCAUUUAGCAGAUGCUCUUAUCCAGAGCGACUUACAGUUUAGUCACAUUAUUAUUAUUAUAUAUAUAUUUUUUUCAUACCCCCUGUGGGAUACGAACCCACAACCCUGGCGUUGCAAACGCCAUGCUCUAUCAACUGAGCUACAUCCCUGCCGGCCAUUCCCUCCCCUACCCUGGACGACGCUGGGCCAAUUGCGCGCCGCCCCAUGGGUCUCCCGGUCGCGGCCGGCUACGACAGAGCCUGGAUUCGACCACUGCGCCACUCGGGAGUUCUUAACUGACUAAAUUAAAUAAAGGGUUAAAUAAAAAUAAAUAAAAUAAAAACUAGUUGAGAUGUGCUAGUGGUGGAACAGAUCUAAUACAGAUGUGAUAAUUUAAUUUGACUCUACAUUCUAUGGCAGCAGCAGGGGGCGAGAGAAAUAGACAGAGAGAGUAGUAGACAGAGAAAGUUAAGAGUUAGAAGGACAGAAAAACGUAGAAAAUGAGAGAGACAUACAGUUGAAGUCGGAUGUUUACAUACACUUAGUAGGUUGGAGUCAUUAAAACUCAUUUUUCAACCACUCCACAAAUUUCUUGUUAACAAACUAUAGUUUUUGCAAGUCGGUUAGGACAUCUACUUUGUGCAUGACACAAGUAAUUAUUUCACUUAUAAUUCACUGUAUCACAAUUCCAGUGGGUCAGAAGUUUACAUACACUAAGUUGACUGUGCCUUUAAACAGCUGGAAAAAUUCCAGAAAAUGAUGUCAUGGCUUUAGAAGCUUCUGAUAGGCUAAUUGACAUCAUUUGAGUCAAUUGGAGGUGUACCUGUGGAUGUAUUUCAAGGCCUACCUUCAAAUGCAAUGCCUCUUUGCUUGACAUCAUGGGAAAAUCAAAAGAAAUCAGCCAAGACCUCAGAAAGAAAUAUUGUAGACCUCCACAAGUCUGGUUCAUCCUUCGGAGCAAUUUCCAAAUGCCUGAAGGUACUACGUUCAUCUGUACAAACAAUAGUACCCAAGUAUAAACACCAUGGGACCACGCAGCUGUCAUACCGCUCAGGAAGGAGAUGCGUUCUGUCUCCUAGAGAUGAACGUACUUUGGUGCGAAAAGUGCAAAUCAAUCCAAGAACAACAGCAAAGGACCUUGUGAAGAUGCUGGAGGAAACAGGUACAAAAUUAUCUAUAUCCACAGUAAAAUGAGUCCUAUAUCGACAUAACCUGAAAGGCCGCUCAGCAAGGAAGAAGCCACUGCUCCAAAACCAGACAAUGAUCCCAAGCAUACUUCCAAAGUUGUGGCAAAAUGGCUUAAGUACAACAAAGUCAAGGUAUUGGAGUGGCCAUCACAAAGCCCUGACCUCAAUCCUGUAGAAAAUGUGUGGGCAGAACUGAAAAGCGUGUGCGAGCAAGGAGGCCUACAAACCUCACUCAGUUACACCAGCUCUGUCAGGAGGAAUGGGCCAAAAUUCACCCAGUUUAUUGAGGGAAGCUUGUAAUAAUAUAAUAAUAUGCCAUUUAGCAGACGCUUUUAUCCAAAGCGACUUACAGUCAUGCGUGCAUACAUUUUUGUGUAUGGGUGGUCCCGGGAUCGAACCCACUACCUUGGCGUUUCAAGCGCCGUGCUCUACCAGCUGAGCUACAGAGGACCACUUGUAGAAGGCUACCCAAAACGUUUGACCCAAGUUAAACAAUUUAAAGGCAAUGCUACCAAAUACUAAUUGAGUGUAUGUAAACUUCUGACCCACUGGGAAUGUGAUGAAAUAAAUAAAAGCUUGAAUAAAUCAUUCUCUCUACUAUUAUUCUGACAUUUCACAUUCUUAAAAUAAAGUGGUGAACCUAACUGACCUAAGACAGGGAAUUUUUAUUAGGAUUAAGUGUCAGGAAUUGUGAAAAACUGAGUUUAAAUGUAUUUGGCUAAGGUGUAUGUAAACUUCCGACUUCAACUGUAAGUGAAACAGACAGAGAAGAUUUCAGAUAACUACAUUGUUUGUGCAAUCAUAAGAAACAUUGAUAAACACUUCACACACAAUAAGGCAUUUCAAGAGACUACAUUUACACAGCCUAAUUUUACUACAUUGCUGCACUCUAACAUGUCUAUGCUCUUGUUUUUGAAUGCUACUGGGUGUCAUUAAAAAUGAACACUGUUGUUUUGCAUUUGUGUUUCUAGCUUCAUGUACGGGGAGCUCACAGACAAGGAUACUAGCGAGAAAGUACGGCUAACGUUUGAAAACUACGAGAUGAACUCGUUUGAAAUACUAAUGUAUAAAAAAAACAGUAAGUACCAAGUGAAUAUGAAAAACAGCCUCUUAUCAUGCUAAUGUAUUCUGCCAUUUCUUAUGAAUAUGUACAAUGAUGUUCCAACGUCGACUGGAACAGUACUAACCCUGUAGAUCAUGGGCCGCAUCCAUAAAGCGUCUCAUAGUAGGAGUGCUGAUCUAGGAUCAGUUUUGCCUUGUAGAUCAUAAUGAAUCAGUGGAGACCUGAUCCUGGAUCAGCACUCCUACUCUGACAUGCUUUAUGAAUACAGGCCCAGUUAUAACUUCCUGUCCCGCCAGCAGGGAGCUGGGUCUUUGAGCCCAGUUAUAACCAUGUGCUUUUUUCACAAAUAAGUUUCUGUUGAUGGCUGUAUUCCCCAUUCCCCCGAUUGUAUCAAAGACUAUUAUAGAUAAAGCUAUAAUAAUGUAUGUUCUCUCAUCUCAGGAACGCCGGUAUGGUUCUUUGUGAAGAUAGCCCCUAUACGAAACGAACAGGAAAAAGUGGUGCUGUUUCUGUGCACCUUCAGUGACAUCACAGCCUUUAAACAACCAAUAGAAGAUGAAACUUCGAAAGGUGAGUGACAGAGUUUGUAAGUGGCAACAAAGGAUGUGGUCCCAUUUACUUGAAUAGUCCCCUACAGAUGUGCAAGUCAUAAAAAGCUUUUUGACUACGUUUUACAAUAAAGUAUUAUAAUAACGUUAUAUGUUACGUCUAAAGCCCUCAUCAGGGUACUGCUUUUAAUCAAAACACAUUGUUUUUAUGAAUAAUAACACUCUGGUUAAUUCAUAAAUUCAAUCUUGGUCUUCCUUUGCAAAGCUAUUAGUACAUUCUCAUUAUUUUCACACAGACUACUAACCCCAAAACCCUUUUCUUGCCUCGUGCUCUCAGGUUGGGGGAAGUUUGCCCGGCUAACUCGUGCUCUGACCAGCAGUAGAGGGGUGUUACAGCAGCUACAGCCUACUGUACACAAGGGAGAGAACGUUCACAAGCACUCCCGCCUAGCUGAGGUACGCUAAUAUUUAUGUCUAUUGUACGUGUUUAUAACUACACUGAUAAAGCUAGGUAUUUUGUGUGUGUGUGUGUGUGUGUGUGUGUGUGUGUGUGUGUGUGUGUGUGUGUGUGUGUGUGUGUGUGUGUGUGUGUGUGUGUGUGUGCAUGCGCCAUUCCAUUUGGUUAUGGUGGAGGCAUGUGCCCCUGUGCUGUGAAUCCAUUUGUCUCUGUCCUUUUUUGUGAUUAUAGAGAUGCACUGAAAUGAUAACACACACACACACCCAUGUACACACACACAGAUGUACACACACACACCAUAUAUGGAUGUAACAAUAUCUAAGCAACCUUUAAAGGUAGACUCAGCGAUAUAACAUAGAUGCAGAAAGUAAACAUCAUAGUGGGUCAAUUUCCGCAACAACUAAGAGCGUUGAAGCACGAGGCUCAACUUCUCCUCUGUUUUGGGCCCCUGGCUACCACACUGUAACAGCAUGAAGUGAACCUGUGCACAGGCGCAGAUACUGUGUGUGACUGUGUGAGAGCAAAGUCUUGCAUCAUCGCUGAUCUCAAUAUCUGCAGUGCUGCUUGUGGCAACGUCAUUUCGCUGAGUGUACCUUUAGGUGAACUGUAACCUCUUGGUUUACACCAAACCCUUUUAUUCCAUCAAACUCAUCAAAGAUAUACAAUCUGCAGGUCCUCCAGCUGGGCUCAGACAUCCUCCCCCAGUACAAGCAGGAGACGCCCAAGACGCCGCCCCACAUCAUCCUCCACUACUGUGCCUUCAAGACCACCUGGGACUGGGUCAUCCUCAUCCUCACCUUCUACACGGCCAUCAUGGUUCCUUACAACGUCUCCUUCAAGGUCUGAACCAUAGAAUUACAUAUACUUUAUCCCUUACCAAGAUGGCUGCCAUUAUCAGCAUAUUCUAUCUAGAGCUAUGCAGGUGUGACAUCAAUCACUCUAAUUUGUAUUCUAUAUCUCGGUCCCACUUUAAACAAAGUACAACUUGUAAAGGCUUUAUAUAACAUACAGUACCAGUCAAAAGUUUGGACACACCUACUCAUUCCAGGGUUUUUCUUUAUUUCUACUAUUUUCUACAUUGUAGAAUGAUAGUUAAGACAUCAAAACUAUGACAUAACACAUAUGGAAUCAUGUAGUAACCAAAAAAGUGUUAAACAAAUCAAAAUAGCCACCCUUUGCCUUGAUGACAGCUUUGCACACUCUUGGCAUUCUCUCAACCAGCUUCAUGAGGUAGUCACCUGGAAUGCAUUUCAAUUAACAGGUGUGCUUUGUUAAAAGUUAAUUUGUGGAAUUUCUUUCCUUCUUAAUGCGUUUGAGCCAAUCAGUUGUGUUGUGACAAGGUAGGGUUGGUAUACAGAAGAUAACUCUAUUUGGUAAAAGUCCAAGUCCAUCUUAUGGCAAGAACAGCUCAAAUAAGCAAAUAGACAAGUUUCUUCAAGUGCAGUCGCAAAAACCAUCAAGUGCUAUGAUGAAACUGUCUCUCAUGAGGACCGCCACAGGAAAGGAAGACCCAGAGUUACCUCUGCUGCAGAGUAUAAGUUCAUUAGAUUUACCAGCCUCAGAAAUCAGUAACUGCACCUCAGAUUGCAGCCCAAAUAAAUGCUUCACAGAGUUCAAGUAACAGACACAUCUCAACAUCAACUGUUCAGAGGAGACUGUGUGACUCAGGCCUUCAUGGUCGAAUUGCUGCAAAGAAACCACUACUAAAGGACACCAAUAAUAAGAAGAGACUUGCUUGGGCCAAGAAACACGAGCAAUGGACAUUAGACCGGUGGAAAUCUGUCCUUUGGUCUGAUGAGUCCAAAUAGGAGAUGUUUGGUUCCAACCGCCGUGUCUUUGUGAGACGCAGAGUAGGUGAACGGAUGAUCUCCGCAUGUGUGGUUGCCACCGUGAAGCAUGGAGGAGGAGGUGUGAUGGUGUGGGGGUGCUUUGCUGGUGACACUGUCUGUGAUUUAUUUAGAAUUCAAGGCACACUUAACCAGCAUGGCUACCACAGCAUUCUGCGGCGAUACACCAUCUCAUCUGGUUUGCGCUUAGUGGGACUAUCAUUUGUUUUUCAACAGGACAAUGACCCAAAACACACCUCCAGGCUGUGUAAGGGCUAUUUGACCAAGAAGGAGAGUGAUGGAGUGCUGCAUCAGAUGACCUGGCCUCCACAAUCACCCUACCUCAACCCAAUUCAGAUGGUUUGGGAUGAGUUGGACCGCAGAGUGAAGGAAAAACAGCCAACAAGUGCUCAGCAUAUGUGGGAACUCCUUCAAGACUGUUGGAAAAGCAUUCCAGGUGAAGCUGGUUGAGAGAAUGCCAAGAGUGUGCAAAGCUGUCAUCAAGGCAAAGGGUGGCUACUUUGAAGAAUCUGAAAUCUAAAAUAUAUUUAGAUUUGUUUAACAAUUGUUUGGUUACUGCAUGAUUCCAUAUGUGUUAUUUCAUAGUUUUGAUAUCUUCACUAUUAUUCUACAAUGUAGAAAAUAGUAAAAAUAAAGAAAAACCCUUGAAUGAAUAGGUGUCCAAACUUUUGACUGGUACUGUACAUAAAUGCUUCACAAAUCAUCUAUAAGCGUAUGUCAUGACUCAUUCUCUAUAAAUAGUGUAUAAACAUACAAAGUGUGUUAUUUCACAAUUCACUCUACAGUGGGAAUGGUUAUGUCACCCUUUAUACAACAUUUUUCAAGUAUGACAUACGCUUAUAGAUGAUUUGUGAAGCAUUUAUGUAGUGAUUAUGAAGCCUUUAUGUAUGCUUUAUAAAGCCUUUAUAAGUUGUACUUUGUUUAAAGUGGGACCUAUCUCAAUGGCCUAACAAAGAUUAUAUAAUCUACUAUAAUAAAGAUCCUCUCCUGUCCUCAAGGAUAUAUCAAAAAUGUAGGCUAAUAAUCUUGGGGAUGUAAUAUAGAUUCUCUACUCUAAAGCAAAUUGCCAUUUGGGAAUAACACAGAUUCUCUACUAUACUGCUCUAUUAAGAUUCUCUCCUCUACUAUAACAAAGAGUAUCUACUCUACUACUGUACAAUCACAAAGAUUCUCCCAUCUCUUCCUCCAGACCAAGCAGAACAAUGUGACGUGGCUGGUGGUGGACAGCAUCGUAGAUGUAAUCUUCCUGGUGGACAUCGUGCUCAACUUCCACACUACCUUUGUGGGCCCGGCCGGAGAGGUCAUCUCCGACCCCAAGCUCAUCAGGAUGAACUACCUGAAGACAUGGUUCGUCAUCGACCUGCUCUCCUGCCUGCCUUACGACGUCAUCAACGCCUUCGAGAAUGUGGACGAGGUCAGUACUGUGUGUGUGUGUGUAUGUAUGUGGUGGGUGUUCGUCAUCAACCUGCUCUCCUGCCUGGCCUACAACCUCUUUAGCGCCUUUCGAGAAUGUGGACGAGGUCAAUCGGGUCUGACAAUAUUUUGGUAAUUUAGCUUUUACAGCUUUAAUAGUGGUGUUGCCACUGCCAGCCCCAUGCUCUAACCCACAACCCUGGUGUUGCCACUGCUAGGCCCAUGCUCUAACCCACAACCCUGGUGUUGCCACUGCUAGGCCCAUGCUCUAACCCACAACCCUGGUGUUGCCACUGCCAGCCCCAUGCUCUAACCCACAACCCUGGUGUUGCCACUGCCAGCCCCAUGCUCUAACCCACAACCCUGGUGUUGCCACUGCUAGGCCCAUGCUCUAACCCACAACCCUGGUGUUGCCACUGCUAGGCCCAUGCUCUAACCCACAACCCUGGUGUUGCCACUGCUAGCCCAUGUUCUACAUUAGUAGUCUCUAGUAGUCUAAACCCAGUGAGCUAUAUUGAUUCGCUGCCAUUGAAAUAUUGAAGUGUCAGAGCUUUUCCUUUCCUGUCUGACUAUAUAAUUUAUGUUUGGCUAAUGACAGCAGCUAAUGUCCUAAUCCUAAUGUCCUUACCCACCCUCCAGAAACCCCAAACACAGCCUUUUCUCAGUCUCUUCCAGAGAACCAAUGAGCUCAGCCUUAUAUUAGCUUAUAUUACUGGAUGUCAGGCUGUGUGUGUGUGUGUGUGUGUGUUUGUACGAGUUCAGCCUGUUAACCAGCGUAUGUUACUGGACAUCAGGCUCCAUUUGAAGGUCCACAAACCUGGCAGCGUUUAUUUGUCUUAUGGCAGCCUUAUAGAGUUAUUAUGGCGGUCGGUUGUUUUUGAUUUGUGACUCCGUCUUCAGUGUGUGUGGCUGUGUUUUCACACAGUAACUAAAGGCCUCUCUGGGUUUUGCGGUUCUCUGAGUGCCUCUUCUCCACGUUUACGACCAGAAGCUGCUCACCAAGAGAUAGUAAGGGAAUUCAAGGAAAAGGAAGAUUCUCUUUGAACAGAAAGAAAAUAUCCUUCAAGAGCAGCAUAUUAGCGCCGUCCCUCCUACCUUCCACACACAUUCAUUCAAUUAUGGAAUUAAACCCGUUUAUCCAUGAGUGUUAAAGCGUUGAGGCUCGGGCACAUAUUACUGUAUGACUCAGACUGCUGCAGCAAUAGGAAAUGUAGUAUUGCUGUCAUUUUCAAUAUGUGAAGUGCCUUGCUUACUCAAAGGGGUCAGUCUCCUUACCAGAGAAUUCAGCAGUGUGUCAGUAGUCACACAACCCCAUGGUGAUGAGGUAUAUAUACACUACAUGACCAAAAGUAUGUGGACACUUGCUCGUCCAUCUAAUUACAACCCCCCCCCCCCCCCCCCCCCCUUUGCUGCUAUAACAGCCUCCACUGUUCUGGGAAGGCUUUCCACUAGAUGUGGGAACACUGCUGCAGGGACUUGCUUCCAUUCAGCCACAAGAGCAUUAGUCAGGUCGGGCACUGAUGUUGGCCGAUUAGGCCUGGCUCGUAGUCGGCGUUCCAAUUCAUCCCAAAGGGGUUUGAUGGGGUUGAGGUCAGGUCUCUGUGCAGGCCAGUCAAGUUCUUCCACACCGAUCUCGACAAACCCAUUUCUGUAUGGACCUCGCUUUGUGCACUGGGGCAUUGCCAUUCUGAAACAGGAAAGGGCCUUCCCCAAACUGUUGCUACAAAGUUGGAAGCACAGAAUCGUCCAGAAUGUCAUUGUAUGCUGUAGUAUUAAGAUUUCCCUUCACUGGAACUAAGGGGCCUAGCCCGAACCAUGAAAAACAGCCCCAGACCAUUAUUCCACCUCCACCAAAAUGUACAGUUGGCACUACGCAAUGGGGCAGGUAGUGUUCUCCUGGCAUCCGCCAAAUCCAGAUUUGUCCGUUGGACUACCAGAUGGUGAAGCAUGAUUCAUCACUCCAGAGAACGCGUUUCCACUGCUCCAGAGUCCAAUGGUGGCGAGCUUUACACCACUCCAGCCGACGCUUGGCAUUACGCAUGGUGAGCUUAGGCUUGUGUGCGGCUGCUAGGCCUUGGAAACCCAUUUCAUGAAGCUCCCGAUGUACAGUUAUUGUGCUGACAUUGCUUUCAGAGGCAGUUUGGAACGCGGUAGUGAAUGUUGCAACCGAGGACAGACAAUUUCUACACGCUACGCGCUUCAGCACUCGGCGGUCCCGUUCUGUGAGCUUGUGUGGCUUACCACUUCGCGUCUGAGCCGUUGUUGCUCCUAGACGUUUCCACUUCAAAAUAACAGCACUUACAGCUGACCGGGGCAGCUCUAGCAGGACAGACAUUUGACAAACUGACUUGUUGGAAAGGUGGCAUCCUAUGACGGUGCCACUUUGAAAGUCACUGAGCUCUUCAGUAAGGCCAUUCUACUGCCAAUGUUUGUCUAUGGAGAUUGCAUGGCUGUGUGCUCGAUUGUAUACACCUGUCAGCAACGGCAGUGGCUGAAAGAGCCGAAUCCACUAAUUUGAAGGGGUGACCACAUACUUUUGUAUGUAUAGUGUAGAUUUGGAAAGACCUGUUUCAGAUCUGUAAGUCUCAGGUAAACAUGUCUCAGAGGCACAGAUAAACAGAGUUAGAUUCCAUUUCAAUUCAGUCAAUUCAUGAAGUAAACUGAAAUUGCUUUUCAAUGAGGAAAAUGUGAAUUGGACUUUCAUCAAAUGAGCAGUGACGAAAAAUCUGUUUAACCAAAACAAAAUUCCUCAUUAGUCGUCAAAUCCCACACAGUCUGUUGACAGACGCUACGAUACCAGUUAUGUUGCGUGCAUAACCUGGCUGCCUGCAGACGUUAACUUUCUAUAGCUUUCAAUGCCAUCUCUUCUCCAUGGCUCUGUCUGUGGCCUUUGAAGAAAGUAUUGGAUUUGAGUUUCCAGACUUUCUGUUGAACGUGUUUUGAUCUGGCUGCCUGCAGAGAGAGACCUUCACACAGCUCUCUCUGGGUGCUCAAGUGUGGUGUGGGUACCCUCACUGUCUUUCACCCAGCACUCUCUCUCUCUCUGUCAGUCUGUCACUCUCUUCUCCUUUGAAGUGAGCUGGCUGACUUUCAUUUUUCUCUUCAGGGGAAGUGUUAGAGAACAGUGGGGGUAAUUAGUCCUAUUGCCCCCGACAGAACCUCCAGUGCUACCUUGUGAAGAAGAUCUCUGUCACGACUUCUGCCGUAUUUUACCUCCUGCGCCUGACUCCUUCUUUCACACCUCGUCACAAUCUCAUUAAAUGGAGCUGGGAGAAAAUAGUUUGCUUGCCUCAAUCCAGACUGAAUCACGUGUUUCAUUAGUGGAGUGAAACAGAGCUUAAUUCAGUCUGGAUUUGCAGGCUAGGAGUCUGCAAUCCAAUGCUAGUCCACUAGAAGAGACAGUCAGUCAGUCACUGCUUCUAAUGCUUUAAUGUGUUUUACAUGUGAAGGCUACCCCUAGCAGUCAGUACAGCAUAUGGUUUGGAGACCGACGUCUCACUGAAGUGCGGUGAAAUGCAUUGCUAGUUUCUUAACGGGCAAGGCGAAAGCAGGAGACUAAACAAAACAAAAAAUUAUCUUUCUCCUUUCUCUUUUUCUCCCCUUUCUAUAGUUUUUCUCUCUUCUAAAAAUAGCUUUUGUCUGGCUGGUUUGACAUCUGCUGUAAUUAUGUAUCAGGGGAUUCAGGAUUUCUUCUGUCAUGAUGUAACUGACCUCUCUGGUGGAGGGGAUAGAUGCCAGCCGUGCAUCUGCAGCCAUAGAACUAGAAUUAGCGUAUCCUUCAAAGUAUAGCUGUAGUGUUAGCAGUGCAGCUAGCCAGGCGUGCAGAGACAGUACUGGAUUAAAUGCGCUUCAGUGUAGUGGUUAGCAUUAGCAGUACAGCUGUCCAGGUGUGCAGGUACAGGACUGGAUUAAAUGAGAUAUUAGCGUAGCACAUGAAAUUAGAUCUCAGUGUAACCUUAGCAUUAGCAGCACAGCUAGCCAGGCAUUACCAGACUGGCUCAAUGAGCUCUCAGUGUAAUAAUAAUAAUAUGCCAUUUAGCAGACGCUUUUAUCCAAAGCGACUUACAGUCAUGCGUGCAUACAUUUUUUUGUGUAUGGGUGGUCCCGGGGAUCGAACCCACUACCUUGGCGUUACAAGCUCCGUGCUCUACCAGCUGAGCUACAGAGGACCACAUUAGCCAGUGAAACCAUAAGCGUUAGCCAGGAAGAAGAUGUAUGGCCGUUGGCUAACCAAUGGCUAACCAAUGUGUGAUUGUCUGUUUGGCUAUGAAGAUGAAUAUGUACAUAGGCCUACACAUAAACAAAGACUAAAUCUCAGAUGUGUGUGUGUGUUGUCUAAUCUUACAUAGUUGGUCAAAUGGAGCACCCACCGAACAGGAAGUUGUACCCUCACCCCAAAGUAAUUUAAGAUGCUAUAGAUCGCUCUAUAAUCAAUACACUCCCUUUAUCUUACCCGAAAUAAAGCCAAAUAGGCACCUCUGAAGUUUCUCACAGAGAAUCAAUCAAUCCCACAGCCAAUUAUGGUUAAAACAGUGCCAUGUCUCUCUAAUGGAUAGUAACAUCGAAUGAAACGCAUCACACUUUGAAAUCUGUUAAAUAUUCUUAUUCUGAGAUGCUUAGUGAAUACGUCCGUAAAGGAUUUGGAUAUGUGAAAGCACUUAAAGGCUGUUUAAGCACCAUUUUAUUUGGUGAAUUAUAACGUUUAGUGCGUCUCUGGGUCACUCUACCAUGGAGGGGUCAACGGUCAUUAAACAGAUGUAGAGAUGGAUAACGUUACAAUUCAAGGCCUAAUGAUUACUCAGGUCACCUUCAUUAUGGGCGGCAGGUAGCUUAGUGGGUAAGAGCGUUGUGCCAGUAACCGAAAGGUCGCUGGUUCUAAUCCCCGAGCCGACUAUGUGAAAAAUCUGUCGAUGUGCCCUUAAGCAAGGCACUUAACCCUAAUUGCUCCUGUAAGUCGCUCUGGAUAAGAGCGUCUGCUAAAUGACUAAAAUGUAAAAUGUAAAAUGUAAUUAUUAGCAUGCACUGAACAAUGUGCACAUGCAUGCUAUAGGCCCUAUAGGCCUAAGCGUGUUGCUGCUGUUAGCUGUCAUUUAGGCAAACCAAACUCAAGCCAGUUCUAUGUGUGUGUGCGUGCCAGUGUGUGCGUGCCUGUGUGCGGGUGCGUGCCUGUGUGCAUGCCUACAUCUGUGAAAAAUGCUGUGUUAGCGUUUAGUGUCCUGAUGUGUCGCUCAAAAGCAUCCGUUUAGUGAGUUGUUAGUUGAUGAAGGCCGUGGCUGUGUCAGUGGUCUAAAGUGCUGCAGUGGUGCUUAACAAGCUGAUCCUAACAGGGCUGAUCCUAAGAAGGCUGUGAGCGGCACCAAGUCUGUAUCUGCAGGUACUUUGUCAGCCUCUAGUCUUUCAGCUUCUCAGCACGUGGUUAAUGCUGACAGCUGACAGACACCAGGACAUUUUCUGUUAGCCUGACCAGGUUCUGUCCAGCCAGCUACUAUGGACAGGGAAAACAACAUAUUCAUUUCUUUAUGACUGGGAAUUAAUGUGGCCUCACGUCAUUUAUUUGAAGUUGAUCAUCAAGCCAUGUUUGUACUUUUGGUUGAACGAUUUGUGAAGAAUCUUUAUAGGCUUGAUAAAAGAUUUGUGAAGUUUUCAUUAAGCCGUAGGAGUUAUUAUAACAUUAUGAAGUCCUCUGCAUUAUACCUGGAGGCGAUAAGUAAGUUAUGUUUCCUCUAAAGUGGGGACAGCUUAUUCUACUUGUAGUUAUCCUGAUAUGCGUUCAGUAAUGUAAAUAGUAGCGAACGUUCACUAACACAUUUAAUUUGUUUUGUGUUAGCCGCGAACAUUCGCUAACGCUAGCUAACAGUCUGAGGUAGUGUGCGAUGAAUGGAAGUGUCUGUUUCGGGUCUAAACUGUCAGUACAAAUAAUAAAGUGGCCAUGUAGGCUUUUUAUUACAUGUAGUAGGAAUAGCUACGUUUUUUUUCAGUUUGCAGCUAAAAAGCCACAGUAAUCCUUACAAAAAGGAGAUAAGUAUUUGCAGCUUCACUGUAACAUUUUGGAAUGUUCAUUCAAAUCUUUCAACUGAAAUUGUUACUAAGCAACAUGUUUGCCGCAAACAAUGGUCUAACUGAUACAGUAAUCCAGUGUGGCCCACAUGUACUGUAUCUGCAAUGCUCUGAACAUUCCACCAUGCUUAAUAAACCCCAGUAUUAAUAAAAAAGUGAGAGAUUUGGUUUGGUGUCACUUAACUGUUGUCUUUUUUUUUUUUAUCACAUUAUCCUUUUUACAUGAAUAUGAUUGACCUAUUAAUUUGUACAUGUUUAAAGUCAUCUUGGUUUUAUUUUUAUCAUCUUCUUAUGUCUUCUUUUCUUCUGUUUGAUCAUGCUCACUUCUUUCUUUAUUUUCUUCCUCAUCCCCCUGUUUUGUUCUGUUUGCAUGGUCCCUCCUCCUCCUCUGCCUGUGUUUGUUUGUGGAACGUGAAGAACUGGAACCGUCGAGCUGUCACUCAAGUAGGCCUUUCAUUAUCAAGCCCACUUUGAUUGAGUUGGUUUGGGUUCAAAUAUGAUUAUAAUGAUAUGAUAAAAAAUAAAAAACAUUUGCAAUUGAUAAACACAGACACACAGUCUACAGUCAGUAUGUGCUUUAUCAUGCAGGAUAAGUUCACACUUAAGCACACACACACACACUUCACGCAAAUGUACUCUGUUCAUGAUUCAGAUAGAAAUCACGUGUUACAUCAUAUUUUAUUGUGUUGAGUAUAUGAUUCCAAAUGAACAGUCUUUCUUUCCUUCUGAUUUACCCCUGAAACCUGGCAAUGGUGUUUUGAUUGAAUUAAUGCACAAAGACCCUAGCUAGUUGUCUUACAGUAAAUUAAUGGAAGGCCCGUGUGAGGUUAUAUCGACUGGAAGCAAGGCUAUGGCUUGUUUCACAGCUGCUUGAGUACACCCUAAUUUUAUAGUCAUAACAUCAAAUUAAUAUUAUUAACGUCUAGGAAAGACUUCUUGAUGCCAGCACACACAUUCAGUAUCCAAGGACUCCCUGGGAAACGGUGGCAAAUGUUACUGAGUGGACUAUCCUGGUUAAAAGAAAAGAAAAUGCGUACAGACACAUACAUUUUGUCAACAUGCAGAGACAUAUUGUUAAAGUCUCACGAGAAUGCAGUUCUGUUAAUCCUAGUGUUUGUUUAUACCUUAAGCUACAGGUCCACCCUUCCGUUACCAUAGAACUAAAACAUUAUUUCAACCUCUGCCUGCUCUCUCUCUCUCUCUCUCUCUCUCUCUCUCUCUCACACACCACUCACUCACUCACUCACUCACUCAAUCACUCACUCAGGGGAUCAGCAGUCUGUUCAGUUCUUUGAAGGUUGUCCGGCUGCUGCGUUUGGGCAGGGUAGCCCGUAAACUGGACCACUACAUUGAGUAUGGAGCUGCCGUCCUCGUCCUGUUGGUGUGUGUCUUCGGCCUGGCUGCCCACUGGCUGGCCUGCAUCUGGUACUGUUCUGUUAAGACUGAUUUACUGUAUGUUAAAGGUAGAAUCAGUGAAAUGACGUUGCCACGAGCAGUACCACAGAUAUUGCGAUAGCACAGCUCUCACACAGUCACACAAAGUAUCUGCUCAUGUGCAGGGGUUCGCUUCACGCUGUUACAACGUGGUAGGUACGGGACCAAAAUAGCGGAGAAGUUUAGCCUUGCGCUUCAACACGCUUAGUUGUUGUGGAAAUUGACUAACUAUGCUGUUUACUUUGUGCAUCUACGUCAUAUCGCUGAGUCUACCUUGAAUGUGUUAUAACAGUACUUCCCAACCCUCUUAUCCGGGACCACCAGAUGUUUCACAUAUUUGUUGUAGCCCUAAACUGGCACACCUGAUUUAACUAGUCAAGGGCUUGACGAUUAGACAACAAAGAUGUGAACCAUCUGCUGGACCCCGAGGAGAGGGUUGUUAUAGGAGUUAAUAAUGUGAUAUAAAGUCAUUAUGUAGGUAACAUACAUAUAAACUGUUAUCAUAUUAUUAAUAUAAACUAUCACAGCGGCCAAAACAAUCUGGCUACUGUAUUUGUUAAUUGCAUAUUCCUUUAGUGUUUCUCAAUCCGUUCCACUCUGAUCCCCAACCGUGGCAUGCUUUUGUUCUACUACACCUGAUUUAAUUAAUCAAGAAGAUUAGUUGUGGAUUAGUUUACAAGUUGCUAGUGCUAGUAGGGAAUUAGAACAAAAAUGCAAAGUGAAAUGACUGGGGAGUCUCUGAGUAACGGAUUGAGAAACACUGCCUUUAAAAACCAUCAUGCUCUGUAGUGUUGACAGUGUCAUGCUCUGUAGUGUUGACAGUGUCAUGCUCUGUAGUGUUGACAGUGUCAUGAAGGAGAAGUAUGUUUCUGUUUCUCACCCGCAUUGUCAUGCACUGCUUUGUAACUUAACCGAAGUGAACAAACCUCUAACCUGUGUCGUAGAGGUAACCCUAACGCUAUCCCUUCCCUUACCCCUAAACCUUAACAUGGCUCUUUCUCGUCUCAACCUAACAGGUACAGCAGCUACCUGGUUUUUGUUCUUGUCUAACUGGGCUUUAACAAUAAAGGAUGCAAUUUUGAAGCAAACCUUCAUUGUGCAAUCAAGAGUUGCUGAAUAUCUUUAUAAUCUUGACUGACUAUUACAGGUACAGCAUCGGUGACUAUGAGGUGAUAGACGAGGAGACAGGCAUCCUGCGGACAGACAGCUGGCUGUACAUGCUGGGGGAGACAGUGGGCUCGCCAUACCGCUUCAACGCCAGCGGCACAGGGAAGUGGGAGGGCGGCCCCAACAAAGACUCGGUCUACAUCACAUCUCUAUACUUCACCAUGACCUCUCUGACCAGUAUAGGAUUUGGAAACAUCGCCCCCACGACUGAUGGAGAGAAGAUCUUCGCUGUCGCCAUGAUGAUGAUCGGA